UUUUCUCAGGGAUGUUUGUGAAGGUAUGGAGCACCUGGAGUCAAAGAAACUCCUGCACCGAGAUCUCGCCGGACGCAACAUCCUCGUGUCUGAAGACACCGUUGCCAAAGUCAGCGAUUUCGGUCUGGCCAAGGUCAGUUCAACGGCAACCGACAACUCAAAGUUACCCGUCAAGUGGACGGCGCCCGAAGCCUUGAAGAACAAGAAGUUCUCCGCUCAGUCAGACGUUUGGAGCUACGGAGUCCUGCUGUGGGAGAUCUUCUCAUACGGCAAACAGCCGUAUCCCAAAAUACCGGUGAGCGAGGUGCGGGAGCGCGUGGAUCAGGGUUACCGCAUGGAGCCGCCGGACGAAUGUCCUCCUGACGUCUACAGCAUCAUGACGUCCUGCUGGGAGCCGGAGCCCAAGAGGAGGCCGUCCUUCCACAAGCUCCGAGAGCGGCUGGAGAAAGAGCUCGGCAAACACUGACCUCACCUCACACGUGUAUAAAGUAGAUUUAAUUUAUUAUUCAUCGCACUGUAUGAGUUUUUGUUGUGGUUUUAUGUUUUUGAGUGAAUCUUGAAAACACGCCGUUUCACCUCAAGUCAAAUUAAACUUUCGCAUGAAAGUAAAGCCUGUUUUUAGAAUUUCGUU